AUGAAUGAUAGAUCAAAAGCCAAACAAAGCAAAAACAGUGUUGCUUCAUCUACAAGUUACCAUAACUUCUUUAGUUCAAAGCAUUUGAUGGAAAAGAAACUUUCCUGCAAUGGUUGUAAACAAGAGUUUGUAGUACCAACAAAAACAACUACGUACCGUUGCUACCAAUGCAAAGGUGUUAGUAAAUCGAGAGAAAACAGUUCAGGAGCCAAAUUAGUCUUCCAGAAGCAACUAGACCGUGCUAGCCGAAUUCUAUCAAGAGAAAACAGUUUAGGCGCCAAAUUAGUCAACCAGAAGAAACUAGACCAUGCUAGCAGAAUUGGAUCAGGUUAUUCAUCGUCUUCGUUUUCCACAACUAUAAUCGGCAACAAACGCGCGGUUCUAUGUGGAGUUUCUUACAGCAGAAGAAGUCGAUAUAGGCUUGAGGGAACCAUUAAUGAUGUUGUUAACAUGAAAUCUCUACUGGUUGAUAAUUUUGCAUUCCCAAUUCAAUCCAUACGCGUCCUCACAGAAGAACAGAAGGAUCCUAAUUUCACUCCGACAAGGAAGAAUAUAAUGGAAUCGUUAAAAUGGUUGGUGAAAGACUGCAAAUUAGGAGACUCAUUGGUGUUCUACUUCUCUGGACAUGGUAUGCAACAACCGGCACAUGAUAAAGAAGAUGAAAUUGAUGGACUAGACGAAACUAUUUGCCCUGUUGAUUUUAUUAGAUCAGGAAUGAUCACUGAUGAUGAAAUCAACUCUACCAUUGUUGGACCUCUCAAAAGAGGUGUUAAACUUCAUGCUUUUAUUGAUGCUUGUCACAGCGGAACUACUCUUGAUCUCAUGUAUGUCUAUAAAAAAGUCAUUGGAAAUUGGAAAUGGAUGGAUAACUGUCCCAAUAACACGCAAUCUGUUACUAAAUCUACAAAUGGUGGAAUGGCUAUUUGCAUCAGUGCUUGUGAAGAUUAUCAGAUAGCUGCCGAUACUGCGGCUUUUGGAGGAAAACAGAUGAACGGUGUUAUGACCUAUCUUUUAACAAAAAUAAUCAGAGAACAUUCUGGAAUUACAUAUGCCGGUUUGCUAGAAAAACUGCACGACGAAAUUGGGAAGAUUCACCAAAGCAAACACUUUAACAGGAUCUUGAAACGUAUUUUUCGAAGUAAAAUUGAUCAGGACCCUCUUUUAUCGUCAUCGGCGAUAUUUGACAUUAAUACGAGGAUAUCACUUUGA